AUGUCCCAUAAAACAAUCUCCUUGCGAAAGCUAUGUCAAAUUUCCUCGGAACGCGAAGUCGGGACAAGGCUGUGCAACCGAUGUUCUCGCAUACGAUUGCGAAUGCGGCAAGGACUUCCCGUAAACGAUGAUCUCAUCUUUCUUGGAUCUCUUCGCGGUCUUGAAGAGCGCCGAGACUGCAUGCUAUGCAGGCUUAUUGUGCAAUCGCUGCCAAGCAGAGACACCACGACAGACGGUAGCGAGACGCAGUACAUCUUGAACCCAAGAUACAUCGGUGGGGAGUCGUUUGCCCUCAUGGAGAGUAACUCAACGUCAACCGCUGUGAAGGCUUGGAUCAGGAUAGAAUGCCCACCCGGGAUUCUGGAUGGCUUCUCCGGGACUGCAUCGCCAAUGGACACACUUAGCAGUCAAUCGCUCUCAGAACUGUCAACCAAAAAUCUUACUAUAGACGCACGGAAGAUCCGAUCAUGGGUAAAAGAAUGCGAAACGAAUCACGGCGCGAAAUGCGAUGGACAUAAACUCAACACUUCCGCAAGGAAAACCAGCGAAAUGCUCUUAAUCGAUGUUUUCGAGGACAAAAUGGUACCUGGUGAUCAAGACUCUCGAUACGUCGUGCUGAGUUAUGUUUGGGGAUCUUUGAAGUCGUCCGACCUUUUGCGGACCAAGAGUGCGCUACGAUCACCGGAAAUCCGAUUGCCAAACGUUUUGCGCGAUGCAAUGGCACUCACGCGGUCCAUUGGCGAGCGCUAUCUAUGGUGUGAUGCACUAUCCGAGCCCGUAUUCACUAUAGCUGUACUCUCCGGACAGCACGGCGACCAACCAAUAGCGGGAGUACACCGAGGCUCACGGAAACCAAUCGUGCUCAUAGCGGAAUUAGACCGAGGACUAAAUUUCGUUUCUCGGGCUCUCAUGUUAGGGUCUACUUAUGAGUCCCGGGCAUGGACUUUCCAGGAGAAGCUAUUAUCACCGCGUUGUCUCUUCAUUACUGAGAAGCAGGCAUAUUUCCAAUGUGCAGCGACGCAGUAUCGGGAAGACGAAGAUAUAUGUGAUUUCCCGGAAACGAGGAAGAAUCGAUCACUCCUGUAUUCCCCAGAAGGCAUUUCGCUCCCAAGCGACCCCGACCGGAGCAUUGUAUUCUCAAGUUUGUAUACACAAACAUCAGGAUUGACGUCAAUGCUUGAAGCAAUGAUUCCAUUCGACCUGUACUCUUCCUUGGUAUACCAUUUUACGAACAGAAAGCUUACAGAAACUCGAGACAUAUUGAACGCUUUCGGUGGGAUCUCAAAGGUAUUGGAAGUCUCGUUUGAUAGCAGCUUCUGCUACGGGCUUCCCAGUAUCUAUCUGGACGAAGCGCUGCUAUGGACACCUCAAUUACGCCUUGAACGUCGUGUCGCCCCCUCCUCGUUGCCUGCUCAUGAUCCAAUCCUGGUAUUCCCAAGCUGGUCAUGGGCUGGUUGGAUUGGCCAGGUAAGCUACCGUUCGGCACCCGUGGAUCAAAAUGCGGCCCAGCACCUUUUGAAAUCCAAGAUUAUUUUAUUCCCGCCGCAAGAUCACGAGCCGUUCAAACUCGUCUUUGAGGCGUACACCUUAGACUUUUCUGGCAUUCUAAAUUUCGAAGGCGGCCAGCUUUUCUGUAAUACAUUUUCAACGAAGUCACAAUUAACAACGCACGAUGGCAAAUAUCAAUGCGACAUCUCAGCAUUCACAUUCUCAGCCGAUCUCGGGGUCAGUCCGGACAGGAGAAGCAGCCUGCAACACUUUUAUGGAACACAGCCUCGAUGCCAUGUGGCGUCAUUCUUGAUCAAGAAGAAGACGUAGUCUCGCGUAUCGCUGGACGACAUUGCCUCCUCGUUCUCCUAUCAAAAUGCCAGCCAGUGAUUGGGGUAGGAUGGGAAAACUGUAUGAUAGUUGCGCCACGUGGUAUUGAGUGGGAGCGCCUCGCUAUUGCAAGAGUUGUACCUAAGUACCUGUCCGACUGGGAGACGAGCGAUCGUGGAGAUCUGACUAGCAUGUGUUUGAUUUAAAGGAAAGAGGAGAGAGUAGCAUUCGCUAGAGUACACAAGGUCUGAAUGUGACGGAACAAAGGCAAGGCAAGCUUCAGAGUGCUCUUUCAACUUUUCCUAAACGGAGUAUAGAGAAGUCUUGAUAGCCUACCGGCGUAUUCCAAGCAGUUGCAAGGGGU